AUGAAUGCCUCGCAACACCAUGGACUGAUCCAAGGGUACCACAACAGGAACCACAGUUUGGGUUCCUUGCCAAUAAACAAAGAUGGCAAGGAGUCAUCGACUGGAUGUUACGACCAGCUCCUUAUCUCCACUGAGGUUUUCCUCACCCUGGGCAUUGUCAGUCUGCUGGAGAACAUUCUGGUCAUCACCGCCAUAAUCAAGAACAAGAACCUUCACUCCCCCAUGUACCUAUUUAUCUGCAGCCUGGCCGUAGCUGACAUGCUGGUGAGCGUCUCAAAUGCGUCAGAGACUAUUGUCAUUGCUUUGAUCAACGGGGGCAAUGUGACCAUCCCAGGCACAAUGAUCAAGAAUAUGGACAACGUGUUUGAUUCAUUGAUCUGCAGCUCUCUCCUGGCCUCCAUCUGUAGUCUGCUGGCCAUCGCCGUGGACCGCUACAUCACCAUCUUCUACGCCCUCCGCUACCACAACAUUGUGACUGUCCGGCGGGCACUCCUGGUCAUCACAGGCAUCUGGACUUGUUGUACGGCGUCCGGUGUGCUUUUCAUUAUUUACUCGGAGAGCACCAUGGUCCUCAUCUGCCUCAUCACCAUGUUCUUUACCAUGUUGGCUCUCAUGGCUUCUCUCUACGUCCACAUGUUCCUGCUUGCGCGCCUGCACAUGAAGAGGAUCGCAGCCCUCCCUGGGAACGCACCCAUCCGCCAGCGGGCCAACAUGAAAGGCGCCAUCACCCUCACCAUCCUGCUGGGAGUGUUUGUAGUGUGCUGGGCGCCCUUCUUCCUCCACCUCAUCCUGAUGAUCUCCUGCCCACGAAACCCCUACUGCACCUGCUUCAUGUCCCACUUCAACAUGUACCUGAUCCUGAUCAUGUGCAACUCCGUCAUCGACCCUAUCAUCUACGCUUUCCGGAGCCAGGAGAUGAGGAAGACCUUCAAGGAGAUCUUCUGCUUCUGGCAGAACCUGCCAAACCCAUGUGUGUGUGAGCUCCCUGGGAAGUACUGAGCCAGACGGUAACUUGUGAAAAUAUAUUUCCCCGCAGGAGGACAGCUGGUCUUCUCCCAAGAUCGAUUAAACAAGGCAGACAAUGAACUGGGGUUGUUUGAUUGUUAUUUGGAAGGACUAAUCAGACCUUUUUUUGCCUUUCAACAGAAGUGUUCUGUUUCUAAAUAAUUAAUUGGUCAGAAUCUGUCUUCUUGAUUGCGAGAGUCAGGUUGCUGAAGAGGUGGGUUUAUACAGCCUGUAAGAUACAACAUGCUUUCUCCAUGGCUUUUUUAAAACACAGGCAUGUUUUCUUGUGAAAACUGCAAUUUGUAAGCUAACUAGACUGUAUUUAUUUACAUUGCGAGACCAUAAACUGUACAGUAAGUCAUGCAUUGAAAACAUAUUUAUUUUAUGGAUUGUGGUGCUGAGAUCACAGCCGAUUGUACCUAAACUAGAGUAUUUUUUGAGGAAAAACAUUGCACUUAAAUGGCACAAUAUCAUACAGUCUGUUUCCUGUAUUUUACUUUAACAGACAAAGUACAAUUGACCCAAGACUACCUCCAUGAUGAAAACCGCUGCUGUGUAUUUUGAAUUUAAUCUUACAAGCGUACAUUUACAUGUAUGGUGCACAAUCAAGCUCUGUGACUUGUGUUACAUAAAAAUCCUAUGUUUAAAAAUGACAAUUUCUUAUUAGAUGUCUAUGGUUGACAGGUGCAUAUUCAAUGGAACAAAAUAUCCUUUUGUUGUGUAUUCUAACUGUUCCAAAAGCCUUGCCUAAAAAUAAAUCCAGUCUUGUCUUGUUUGUAAAAGUUAUCUGUUCAAAUCUCAUUUAAAGCUUGUGAGUUGUGUGAACAUUUGCAUUGCAGAAGACUGGAUCAUCACAUUUGCGUUUGAUACUUUCAUUAUGCUAACAACUUAUGCUUAUAUUUAUGUUGUGUAGCCUACAGUGCACUUGUAUCUUGCCAUCAACACAAUUUAAUUCUCAAUUGUUUCUUAUAAAUAUAUCUGGAUGGAAAUAUGCAAUGUUGUAUGAGCUGCUGCUUGGUAUCUUUGCCUUAAAUAUGUUGCACUGUGAUG